AUGGGGUUGUUGUCAUUGGGGACACCUCUGCCAUGGCUUGAAUCUCGGCAAUAUAACGAGCAUGUGAGGGAUAAUGGUAUUGAACAGUUGAUCCAGUCGUUCAGGAAGGCUGGGGGUCGUGAUAAUGACGAGUUGUAUUGGGGAGAUGAGGUUGAAUAUAUGAUUUGUGAGUUUGAUGAGGCAGGGGAAAAUGUGGUUUUGAGUGUUGAGCAUGACGAGAUUCUUGAGCAGUUGAACCGGGAAUACCACGAGGAAUGUGAGCGAUUGAACGUGCACUUCCAUCCUGAGUAUGGGAGAUUUAUGCUGGAAGCGACGCCUGCGCGUCCGUACCAUUUAUACGAGGGUGUUGAAGUUGAGAAGAACAUGCGUACGAGACGGGUUGUUGCGGAGGAGAAGUUGCAGAAGUUGAACCGGAAGAGCGGGAAUGAGGUUGUUCCAUUGUCGUUGACGGUGUUCCCGCGUAUGGGUCGUGAUGGGUUCACGAAUCUCAAGGAUCCAUGGGACCACAAGAACUCUGCGAGCCGUUCGCUGUUUUUGCCAGACGAGGUUAUCAACAGGCACGCGCGGUUUCCUACAUUGACGGCGAAUAUCCGGACCAGGAGGGGCGAGAAAGUGUGCAUCAACGUGCCCAUGUACCAGGACUCGCGUACUGCGCCAAGGGACGAGUCGAUCUACGAGCGUGAUUGGUUUGUGCCGGAGGAUUUGGAGUCUGCGAAGGCAUCGAAGCCCGGACACAUUUACAUGGACUCGAUGGGGUUCGGGAUGGGUUGUUCGUGCUUGCAGCUGACAUUCCAGGCGCCCAAUAUAGACAAGGCGCGUUACUUGUACGAUACGUUGGCGAACUUUGCGCCAGUGUUUUUGGCUGCUACUGCGGCUUCGCCGGUGUUUAAGGGCUUCCUUGCUGACCAGGACGUUCGUUGGAACGUGAUUAGCGGGGCCGUGGACGACCGUACGCCGUACGAGAGGUCCGAGGAGCCUUUGCUCCCCAAGUACAACAAUGGAUAUGGGUCUAUUGCCCCGGAAGAGGUGCCUUCUGUGAGACGCAUUAACAAGUCUAGGUACAGCGUAGUGGACCUUUUCCUCGGUGGGAACGGCUUUUUCGACGCGAAAUUCAACGAUACCGAGGUGCCUAUCAACGAGAAAGUGUUCAAAAGACUCACCACAAACGAUAUUCACCCAAUGGACAAGGACCUGGCUCGCCAUUUUGCACAUCUUUUCAUCAGAGACCCACUGGUCAUCUUUGAAGAGAGAAUUGAACAAGAUAACAUGACAGAAACGGACCAUUUUGAAAAUAUCCAAAGUACCAACUGGCAAUCGCUACGGUUCAAGGUUCCAGCGCAGGAUGCUACCCCGAAUAACAAAAAGGCCCCUGGUUGGAGAGUGGAGUUCAGGCCUAUGGAAGUUCAAUUGACCGACUUUGAGAACGCCGCGUACUCAAAUUUCAUAUACCUCGUGAUAGAAUCAAUACUAACUUUCAGCGACAAGAUCAAUGCAUACAUGUACAUGUCUGAGAUAUGGGAAAACAUGGAGACUGCACACCGUCGUGAUGCGACUUUGAAGGAGAAGUUCUACUGGAAAUCGGACUUUGCCGACACUCAGGGCAAAACAGAGCUUCUAACCAUCAAUGAGAUCUUCCACAACGCCCACAACGGUAUAUUCUCCGUCUUUAUCAACCCAAUCCUCGUGCAUAAGGGUUUGGUGUCGAAAUCGUGGACGGAAUUAUUGCACAACAGCGGCGACAACGCUGACCUCAUCAGAUUGUAUUACUAUUUGAAGCUGAUUAGCGACAGGGCCUCUGGCGUCUUGCCCUCUGAAGCCAGUUUCAUCCGUUCGUACGUAUUGAACCAUCCCGAAUACGAUCAUACGUCCAACGUCACCAAGAAGAUUAACUACGAUCUAUUGCAUCUAUCUUAUAGAAUUUCUCACUACGACAAUUCCAAGGGCGAAUUGACAGCUCUGUUGGGCCAAGAGAUCGCAACCUACUUGAUAAACAAUAGUAUACUGUAA